UUGGAGCAACAGUGUCGUUUCAUCACGGGCUAAAAGGCAGUGGGGAGACACUCCAUUUAAUGACCUUCCGUCGGCGGCAGUGGAGAGGACACUGGCUUCUAACAUGCCUCGCUUCACAAACAAGCGUGUUUAGCAGAGACACUUUGUAUGUGGACAUUUAUUUCUAAGAGAAGUCAAACAAUAACGUAUCAACAAUGAGGCCGCCGGUGGAAGUCUGCGUUUUGAUCCUUUCUCUCUUGGCUCCUGGAGUUUUGUACGCCAUGAACAACAUCCCUGCGCUUCAGGAACCUCUUCCUAUCCUUGGAAUGGGAAUGGUCGUCCUGGGAUUAGUUCUCAUCGUCCUCCUCAUCAUUGUGCCGAACAAGAUGAAAGUGGACCCUUUAUUCUAUGUAUUUGCAGAGUUGUCCUUCACCUGCAUGUUGGGCCUGACUAAUGCUUUAGAGCAGGAUGGGUUCAUCUCUGGCUUCAUGGGUUUCUACCUAAAGAUGGGUGAGCCUCAUCUAAGCACCGCCUAUGCUGUGAUGAUGUCUUACUGGGAAGGCAUCGUUCACUUGGUCCUCUUCCUCACUAUCAUCCACCGCAUGUUCAAAGGGAAGUCCUAUCGUAGCCUGGGGCUGCUGUGGGCGGGCUCAUCAAUUGCCCAUCAAAUUGUUCACAUCCCAGGGGUGGUCAUUGGUAAAUACGCGUCUAACAUCCGACCAGCCUUUUGGAGCAACGUCCCCUUCUUCUUGGUGCCUUUCUGGGCGGCUUCGCUGCUCUUUAGCCGACCCAGAGAGAUUCCAGUCAUCCCAGCAGACAAGAUUUCAGCGGAGCAGAAGAAAGGUCUGCUGUCUCGACCUAUUGACCUGCUUCUAUCGAUUCUGUCACUUGGAGCAAUGGCCUUCUGCAUAUUCAGAGGCUUUGUGGUGCUGGACUGCCCUCUAGACACCUGUUUCACCUACAUCUACCAGUACGAGCCCUACCUCAAAGACCCAGUUGGCUUUCCGAGGGUGAUGAUGCUGGUGUAUUUGUUCUAUGCUCUGCCUCUGCUGACUGUCUUCACCUAUGGUCUGAAAACACCUGGAUGCACCUGGAUGUUGGACUGGACCAUCUUCUUUGCUGGGGCCAUGGCUCAGACCCAGUGGUGCCAUAUCGGAGCAUCUCUGCACUCCCGCACUCCCUUCACAUACCGAGUCCCAGCAGACAAAUGGUGGCCUGUUAUCACCCUAAAUGUGCUGCUGGCUGCCGUGCCGGCUCUGCUGGCCCUGCGCUGCCACACCAACCCCACUUAUUUUAUGAAACCUGUUCCCGAGGGACAGACCAACAACGGGAAGAAGAAGAACUAGACCACACACCAGCCACAAACUAUCGAGGAAUACUUCACGCUGAGACACGGCUCAUGUUUUCUGGGGACUCUCUUUGUCACACAAACUGCAUGAAACGCAAUUUUUUAACCUAAAACCCAAAGAAAAUCUAAAAACGUCACUCAACUGUUCAAAAUAAGUCACCUCAGGCAGCAGUAGCACUCCCUGCAUGAACUAUUGGACUCUGAUAAGAAGGCAGUUGAUGGAGUUGAGGACUGUCAUCAGCUUUCAGGUGACUCAUGCAGAUAUCCAGUUGGUAUCUUCCCAAACUGAGACUAUUGACCUGGAUCAUACAGUUUGGCAACACCACUGUUUCGAUCCACACCACAACUCCACAGCUUGAAGUUUAUUUUUACAUAUCUAAAAUUGACAGUUUUCAUUGUUUAAAAACUAAGUACCUUUUCAGAAAAAUAUUCACUGAUUGCUUAAAAGGCUGAAUAACUAAAAGUUGCUGAUAAAGAAGAUAAUAGUCGAUGCUAAUUAAGCGGAUAAUUAGAUGAUGGAAAAACUCCACCUGGUGCCUUUAUAUUGUAUAAAAUAUUUGAUGAUGAACAUGACAUUUUCAAAUUGUUUGUUUUGUUGGAACAACAGUUCAAAA